AUGCGGCAAGGACAGGGUGGUGUGGAUCCACCGGAUGCGGAUGCGGUGGUGGUGGUGGGGCUGGGGACGUGGGCGCUGAUUGCUGCGCAGUUGGCGAAGAGCUCACCGCGCACUUUAUUCAACCUCAUGAUGACAAGCAAGGAGUUCUACGCGUCCUUGCCGUUUGCACUGCCAAAGUGGUGCCUGGAACACGCGUACAACCCAGCCAAGGCAUCGCCCGCCACCACUUGGCUGCCUCGCCCGUGCCACGACAGCGCACAAGCAAGCACGAGCACGUCCGAUUCGCAGCGACCCAGGAACUCACAGCGGAACCACCAGCAAAGAUCACGAUCCCCCCACACGCAACAACAACCACAGCAACAGCAAAGGUCGGGACCCCCCUGCAUACAACAACAACGACCGCAGCAACGGCAAAGACCACAGCAACAACAACAACAACAACAACAACAACAACAACAACAACAACAACAACGACCACUACAACCACGGCAACCAGAGCAGCAGCACGCACAGUCACAAGAAAGGUGGUGGCUCGAACGGUUCCUCGUGCAUUCAUGGCUUGGUGUGUGGUGGCUCGUGCGUGAGACAGAGGCAGUCGAGUGCGCGGCCACCGCCAACACGCGCAUGUUCUCCGCGUGCGUACGCGUGGAGUUUGACCGCAGGCCUUCACCGGCACGGGUGGAAGGCUGGCUGUGGGGGUGCGAUGACACAAGUGAGCCGCCAGCCGAUGCGCCCGCCGCGCCCCGUGAUGACGCCCUGGCAGCCCGCGUGCGCGUGUCUGUGGACCUGUUCACGCAGGUUCAGGCCGACCGACUCACGGCGUUCCUCAAGAGGCUCGUCCCAGCUGUGGACCACGUGAACGUUGUCGUCCACGCCACAGCGCACGGGGGCGUGCAGCUGCUAACAAUCCACGACGCGCCAGCCCUUGAUCUGGAGCUGCACACGACGCUGCCUUCCGUCAGUUUGCACAACAUCCGCAACGUGAGCAUCAUGUCCACGGAACAGCAGGAGCUGCGCGGCGUCAUGCACAACGUGGAGUGCGUGCAGGUGUUCAACGACGUGAGCCCGUCCGAGGACUUUCAGUUGCUUGGAGGCAUCCCCAGCGUCCACAUUGAGCACACGGCGAUUCUGCACAGCCUCUGGUUCCUGCAAGACGCACACCGCGUGCACCUUUGCAAUUGCGGCAUCCCAGACAUGGAGCCCAUUGCCCACAUCCGACACCUCAUCCUCGACAACUGUGAAACCGACGAGGACGAGUCGGAGAACCCCACCUUCACGGGGGAGGACAUUUCGUUGGUGGACAUGCAGCACAUGUACGGCACGCUGUCAAUGCCAUACGCCACCAGAGUGGUGGUUGACAACUGCGACCUCAUCAACAGCGUGCGGUGCGCGCGGCGCCUCUCGUACAUGAAGCUUGUCAUGUGCGAGCACUUGACGACGCUGCCGGAGUUUGAGCACGUGGACCAUUUAGAGCUGAUUGGUGAAUGGAGCAUCGAAGAGCUGCAGCGGGUCGCUCCCUUGACAGACAAGCUCACCCUGUCGUACAUGGGCGCGGACGCGCGCGUGCUCCACGCGCCCCUGGCGUGUGUCAACGUCACCCGCAACUGGCACACGUAUUUUGAGGGAGAUCACGCUGGUGCCCCGAGCGAGCCCGUGCCGCCAACUGUGGACCGUGUGCACCUGGACCUGUGCGACAUGGAGCAAGUGUGCGAGGUCGUGGUGCAGCUGUGCCAUGUGAAGGACAUUACGCUUGUGUUCAAAACAACCGUGCGCGUGGACGUGAGCCCCCUUACUGCUGUGCGCUCGCUGCGUCUUAGCGCCAGCUUCGACACAGCGCACCCACAGCUUGUGGGGCUGGCAUCCCUCGCACACCUGCACUCCCUGCAUCUCUCCUACAUGCACUUGGACGGCGUCACCAUCACCUGCCCCACCGUAUCGCUGCGCGGGUGCACUGGCACGGCCGCCAUCAUUGGGGUGCGCGACGCACAUGUGGAGGGCACGCACCUCCGUGUGACGGAGGUGCGGGCCGUUGACAACCUUGAGCUGGAAGGUGUCAAGCAUGUUGGCGCAGUGACAAACGUGGUUUCAUGUUCUGUUCGCUUCGACCUUCCCACCCGCCCGCGGGUGCUGAAUGGCGUGCGGCGCCUCACCUUGCAUCGGUGCACUGUCUCCGACCUCACCUGCUUCGCUGACGUGCAAGUGCUGCGCGUUCGCCAGUGCUCUGGGCCUCGCAGCGUGCUGCCUGUCACUGGCACGUGGGAUCGGCGUGUGCACCCUUUCCCAACCAGCAUACGUUGAUAGGGUGAUUUUGAUGUGCGUGCUUUACACGUGUG